CUCAAAUUUCAAGGGAAAAUAUAUUUCAGACUGAUCGUUUUAUUUUCCAGCACCAGAUUUAAAGAUCUCAUGACGAGAAUACAAUGACAUUCUGGUUGUUUCUACUGAUGCUGACUUCCAGUUUAGCAAACUACAGACCUUCAGAAAGUGAAAUCUGUAAACUAGACAUCAUAAAGCUUCAGCGACAGAUCUUAAACCUCCAGAAUUACCUGCUGCUGGGAGAGUGGAAAUUGAAGGUUCUACGGGAAAACAACUACCUCUGGGUAAAAAGCAGAAUAUUUAGCUUCAACAAAAACAUGACGAAGGCAACAAAGUUACCCAGUACUAGUGGUAACUUAAUUGUCUAUGAUGAAGAUUGCACUGCAGUAUAUAACAGUAGAAAAACAACAAGUGGAUACUAUCGAAUCAAGCCCAAAUCCAUUGCCGAACCCUUUUUAGUAUACUGUGACAUGUCUGAUGGUGGUGGAUGGACUGUUAUUCAAAGGCGCAGUAGUGGCAAAGUGAAUUUUAACAGGAGGUGGCGUGAAUACAAAACUGGAUUUGGAUUAUUUGAAACCAAGGAUGAUGAAUACUGGCUGGGAAAUGAUCGCAUCCAUGCCCUUGCAACCAAUGGUAAUUGCCUGCUAAAAAUUGAGCUCCAAGACUGGAAUGGUGAGAGCAGGUAUGCCUUCUAUGAUGACUUUCAAGUAAAAGAUCAAAAGGACCAUUACAGGGUAUGGUUUGGUGCAUACUCUGGAAAUGCAGGCGAUGCAUUCUCUGGUGGAACGAAUGUUGUCGCUCAGUGGUCUGCAUCUCACAGUGGAAUGAAGUUUUCAACCCCAGACAAAGAUAAUGAUCGUUAUCACCAAGGAAGCUGUGCUAAGGAGAGCAGUUGUGGCUGGUGGUUUAACAGGUGUCACGCAGCUAAUCUUAACGGGAAGUAUUACGUAGGUGGAAACUACACAGGAAAACAUGACAAUGGAGUGAUAUGGUCUACCUGGCAUGGAUACUGGUAUUCACUGAAGUACACAGCCAUGAAAAUCAGGCCUCUUUCCUUUAUGGACAUGAUAGGCAGUGGAGAUGGAGCAAAUUGAAUGCAAUCAAUUCUCUGUUCAGUCAGAGCUGUAACAAUAUUUGAACUGCAUUUUGGGUAGGCUCGUGCAUUUUUAUACGUGUAAAUGAAGUGCAACCUCCGUGUUUAUCAUUCUACAACAACAACUAAAUGUUGUGGACUGCUCUAUACUAGUGGUUUGUCCAGCUAUUUUUAGUGCAGGUGCCUGAUGGGUAUUCUGUCAGACUGAUAUGAUACUGUCUCCUUUUGUUGCUGCUUUUUUUUUUUUGCUAAACUGAAUGGCUGUGUGACCAUGACUAAACUAUCAGUUAUAGUUAUUUAAAGUUCUUUGUUCCCUAUAACUCUCUCCUGAGAUCAUAUUACGUCCUUGUAUGUCUCCAUUAUUUAAGGAGGAGCAUUCUAAUUAUUUCUGCAGUACAAUAUACAGAGUUAGUAUCUGCAUCCCCUACCUUUAACUGCUGUUAUUGCCAGGUGGAUUCAGUACUGCACAUGCACAGACUGACUCCCACUAAAGUGGAAGGUGUAGCACACUUCACUCCCUGCCAUCCCCAUUCCUCACUCGUUCGACCUCUCUCCAUGUUUAUACUGUUCGGUUGCUACCCAUUAACCAACUAAAGAGCAUACCCUCUUUAACUAUACACCCACAAUUAUCCACUCAAUUUUAAAAACACCUUUUAAGCCAUCACAAACAGCUCACCCGUAAUAAUGCUUGCAUUCAGUCCAGUAACUGCCCAGACUCUUUAGCACUUAGCACAUACUUUUUAUAAACAUACAAAACAAAGGUUAUGCUCCCUACCUGUCUUUCCCACACACUAUGAAACAAAGAACGCUCAUUCCCUUUCUGUUAAUUUCCUUACUACAAAAUGAAAGCCUCUAAUUAAAAGUUAGCCAGUACAAGACCACUCUAGACAUAUUCUGCUUACUCAAACCAAACUAAAAUAUGUCCUUUUGCAGUCUUACUAAAAAGUACCAUCAGUGUCCCCUCAGUUACUCCCAAGCAAUAUCACCCUUACUUCUCCUUUAUGACAACCUUCUCAUUCAACAUACUUAAAACGACCUGCCUCAGUUGUCAGUGAAUACAAACUUUUAUAGUCCAUUAUACAUCUAACUGCUGUUAUAAAAUGUUUAUCAGGAGCUAUCUCAAAACAAAAACCAGUCUGCAUAAAAUGCUCUCCUGUCAUAGCCCACUUAACCUUCCUAAAUUAAAAACAAUCAUAACAUGUUCUCUUCUUAAGGCUGGAAUCAUAAAUAAAUAAAUCAACAAACAAGAGGAACUUUAUUAAAUUUCUCUCAUCCUAUGAGCCAAACUUUGUAAAACAACAGAAUCUUGGGUUAAACUUUAUACCUCUAAUCUCAGUCUUCAUUUUUUCAUCCACAGCUAUAUAUUCAAUGCACGUCCAGGCAAAAGAAAUGAAGGUGGUUCUCUUAUCCUAACAAAAGCAACCUUGCCACACAAAAUGCAUCCUGCAAUGACACUGACCCCAGCUGGUUAACUAUAAACUAUUCAUCCUCAGAUAUUCCUGUACUAUCUUCCUAAUCCUUGUCUACCCCCCCCUUCAGUAACUACUACAAAUUCAAAUACAUCAUAGAUCAAAUUCUUUUCAAGUGGAACCCUCAGACAAUAUUAAUAUUCUAGGACACUUUUAUAUUAAUUUUCUUAACCAUGUCAAAACUAAUAUUCAUAUUCACUAAUAUUCAUGACUGCUUGACCAAAGUAGUCCACAAUCAACUCAUGAAAUAAUCUACCAAGGCCAAUUUUAGAUCAGGAAAAAAAUUCCUCCUGGUCCCUGUAAUUACCAUCUCCUUCAAUAACAUCUCUUCACUUACUAUUUUGCCAUCUUCACUUAGCAAUCACAUAUCAUCUUCUUCUGCUUUCGUGCUCCUCAAAGAAGCUCCCAACAAAAUUAAUUUAAUUUUAUCCCAAAACCAAAGCAAAUAUUAUAGCCCUGACCCUGAACAAUGGCAUAACCAACAUUAAUUAGUCUCUGUUCUCUGCCAUUACUAGCCUGUAAUAGCAAUCAAUACCCUAACCAACCUAUUUCUACACUUACAAACUUACAAAAUAAAUUAUUUCUCAAAGUCACAAAGUCACAUGUCUCGUUAUUGCCAAGGGUCAACAGUGGUUAACUAAACCAUUAUAAUAUCUUUUCAUAUUGAGGGACAGUGUAUAGAAACAGUAAAAAAUGUUCCUCUAGAUCACAAACAAAAAUUCAGUCUUCUUAUAAACCUAAUCAAAAGGUCCACCAAAAGACACACAACUAUGUACCCUCCAUUCUUCUCCCCAAAAAUGCCAUGACACACUUAAUGAAUCAGAUUACAGGGCGCUCUCUCUACAAAAACUCGGUAAUAGACAAUACAAUAACUUGCACACCAGGAAUCUUUUCCUCACAGAAUUUUUACAACUUCUUUCUACUCCUACCGCAGCCUACAAUCUCUCAUCUCAAACACCUGAGCUACCCUCGUUCACUCCUCCAUUUUACUACAAAGCUAUAAAAACAAAACAUAUUAAAAACUACUAGACCAACUUCCCCUGUCUCACCCACAGGUUUAAAUGGUUUGAUACCCUUGUUUUAUUCACCCCUCUGUAAACAACACCAUCUACAACAUCUCACAAUGCUUUUCAACUCAUGCAUAAAACAUCAUGUCCAAACCUUGGAAGCAAGUUCUAUUUAAAGUAAUCCUUAAAGGUCCUAAACUAUCAUCCACAAAAACAAAAAUUAGACCUAUCCCCAUUCUGCCACCCCUAAGUAAGAUAUUUGGAAAUAUUAUUUAUUCUCAACUCUGAAUAUCUGCAAAAUUAUAAGGUUCUGUCUUGUAACCAUAAUGGAUCCUAGUCAGAAAGAAGCACCAUGACUGUUUUAUGUACUGUGACUAAUGACAUCUUGCAAAACACUGGCAAAGGCAACUUAAAAGGCUUUAUUUUUGAAGUCAGAGUCAGGGCCUUUGGUCUAGUUGAGCCAACUCUUCCAUGGUUUAAAAGUUUACUAACAGGCAUUUUACAGUACAAAAAGGAAAUUCAACCCUGCCUACUAAACCCUAAUUAAAAGCGUCCCACAGAGAUCUGUCCUUUCACCAGCAUUUUUCUCCUUAUUUUUAAACACUCCCAGCUGACUUGUCACAUCUUACUAUCAUAGUUUACAUGAAUGACAUGCUAAUCUGAGGGUCUAAUUCCUUACAUAAAAUAAUAAAAAAAUACUUGAGACAGACAUCCAACAACUAUCUAGUUCAUUAAUCAAUAAUGAACUCAUACUAAACACCAAAAAACUAAAGCAAUUAUUUCUGGAACCCAGACCCAGCAAAAACUUCUUUCUAUUCACCAUGAGUGGAAUAUACUUCACAAAAGUCAGAUACCAUUUGAAACCACCAAACAUUUCAGAUAAUUAGGACUAUGACUGAAUCAACAAUCAGCAUUCAAUGCCUAUUUUACAGAAACUGUUAACAUUGUUGCAAGUAAUAAAAAACAUAUAUUUUAGCCUCUACCAACUGGUACUGCAUCAUGUCCCAUAAUAACAGAAGAUUAUCUACAAUUAUAAUAAAUAUAAUAAAGAUAAUCUACAACUCUGUGAAUAAAAUCAUCCCUACUACUGCCAUGGACUCUGAUAGUAUACCAACUAUAUUAUCUCAUACUCAAAGAACAGAUCUGUCCAAUUCUAUACAACAUGUUUAAUAAGCUAUUAAUGGACUUUAUUAUUCCAGAGCCAUAGAAAAAGUCAAUAUAAUUCCCAUUUACAGAAAGGACAACUGCAGGCCAAUCAGUCUGACCUUGUUAACAUUGCAAAUAUUUUGAGAUAUGUCUACUUGAACAUGUUUUAGAUUCUGUUAAUUAUUUUAAAAUUCAUGAGUCAAGUCAAUGUGGAUUUACUUAUAGAAAGUUUAUGCUGUCAAAUCUGGCUGAAUUUUAUUAUUACAUUAGCACAGCAACUGAACAUGGCCUUUGUGCAAGGAUGGUGUGUGUAGACUUGUCAAAGGCCUUCAAUACACAUCUUCAUUCUACAAUAAAUACAUAAUUAAGAGGGUGUACAAUUAAUCUCCAUUUGAUCAACUGAAGUAAUCAAUGGCUGACUGGUAAAACACAAUGCGUUUCUAUACCAGGAACAAAUUCUGACUAUCUUUCUGCGAUGAGAGACGUGCCUCAGGGCUCAGUACUGCGACUUUUGUUAUUUAAUCUUGUAUUCUCUACAAGUCCAACUAACAAUUACUGUUGGUAUUCUAAAUACGCAUAUGAUUGUCAGCUGGGAUUUAUAACUAAUUCUGUGAAAGAUUCUUUGCCAUUUAACUUGAUUCUAAAUAACGUUUCUGAACUGGCCGAAAAAUAUGGGUCUACAAAUUAGUAUUGAUGAAUUUCAAGUUAUAUACUUUGGCAAGUCAUCUAUAAGACAUCUGUUACACCUGGCAGGUUCAUAUUUGGAAGUAGUAAAUGAAUAUAAAUAUUUGGGAAUUCACAUAUCAUCUAAUUUACCUUUCAAAAAACAUCUCAGUGUUAUUAGAAAGUGUGCUUUUGCUCAGGUGGGUUUAUUAUUAUUAAAAAUCAACAUCUCUAAGAAAUGAAAAUAAUCUGGUCUCACUUUACAAACCUUAUAUAAGACUGUACUGGAAUAUAUCAUUGCUUAUAAAGCCUAUAUAUAGGGAUGAACUACUACAGAUUUUGUUUAAUAUUCAUCUGAUAUCUAACUCUUGCAAACACAAAUAUAAAAACAUUAACUUUGAUGUUUAGUGUAAUAAGAUUUAAAUUCCUUGCACAAUUAAUUCCUAUAGUCAGGAAUAAAAUCUCUUGAUAUAUUCAAAUGGCCGCAAACAUAGAUUUAUUUCAAAUCAGCUUGGAUUACUGGAUAGACGAUUAUGUGUCUGAUGAUUCUUUCAAUUAAUUUGUUUUACUAAAUGACAUUCAGGUCUGAACACUAAGUAAAACAUAUGAAACACAUUGUCUUCAGAUACAAUAUAGAAAUUACCACAUCCAAAAUCAGUACACUCCUUUUCUGGGCAAAGUGAAUCUCUCAUUUUCUAUUUCCAGAAGAGAGAAUGGCAAUUGCUAAAUGAGUACUCCUCACUUGGCUUGAAUAUGGGCUAGUUGUAACUGCUGCUGCAAACGUUAGCAUAAAGCAUAAGAAGAUUUAUUAAACUUACCCUAGAAACAGAGCAUCAUUGCCAUGUACUCUCAAAGUGAAAUGAUGACCCAUAACACAAAACUGUAGAUAGUUCAACUGGCACCCAAGGUGAUUCCCCCAAGUAACACCCCCCACACACAUACACAGAUAAAGACCCAGAAAAAGAAAUUCAUCCACAGUUGAGAACAAAAGAAAAUGUCCUCCAGACAAAUAAAUGUUAUGUUUCCACAUAAUAGCUCAUUUUAUGUCUGAGACACCUUUCAUAAAAUGUAGCAAGGAGCUGUCUGUACUAGCUCCUUGCUACUUUUCAUAGGUUGUAGGAGAUUACUAGGCUAAUGGUCCUAGAGCCUUUUUAAGCCUAGCCAUUCAUGCCCCAAUUUUCCCAAUUACCCAUGCCCAAGGACUAGAAUAGCUUUGGUGCAUGCCUGCACCUUGGCUAUCUACAAGCUGCAUCUGUCCAGAAGGGACACAGGUGAAAAGCCAAAGGAAAAUUUGUGAUUUCCUUUGAAUGUGAAUAAACUUAGGGAACAGCUGUGCUUCACAUGAAUGAGGACCAUUUCCUAACACAUACACACACACACACACAAACGCUGCUUGCACCCAACUGCCAACAAAAGUGAUCACUCUAAUAGUUUCAGGGGUGAAAUGACACUUCUUCUGUAGUGCUGAUUAUGCCCCCUAACGGCUUUUGUUCAGUGCAGUUACCUCCUUUGACUUGACCAAGAUGCGACUCUGCAGUAAUACAUAAAAUUAAAUUAUUUCUAAGUUCUCUUCUUUAAACUAGUUAAUCUGGAUUAUUUCCUAUUAUUCAAAGAACAGGUACAUCUAACGAUAACCUUAUGUCAGUAUAACCAUGUACCAUCACUCUUCGGUCCCCAGAACCAAGCUGCACAAACAUAAUUUUUUUUCUGUGAUGGAACCACAAACCUGGGAAUCCCUGCCAUCUAAGCUAAAGCAAACUACCUGAUACCCUACCUUUAGGGUUAUCCUUGAAAUAAUUCUUAUUCAAAGAUGCAUUCUGCAAAUAUUUUAAAAACAUUUGUAUAACCUGACAUAUUCAUCCUUAUCCCCCUUUUCUACUCAAAAAAUCCCCUGGGGAAAAUUUCUUUCAUGCUAGCUUACUGACUCCUUAGUGAGAUGGGAAAACAGAGAAAUGAUAAAAUCGUCUUCGCCUUCUCUCUCUUCUUCAGCAUAUCUUUUAUGCAGUAAUUGUAAAUAUUGUAAAUAAUUUGAAUUGUUCUUCUACCGUCUUCAUGUCUGGUUGUAUCAUACAGAAAUUUUCUGUACAGCUUUUGUACACAGUGAUUUGUACUUAACUUUGACUUAUCUGACUACUGAUUCAUAUGUAUUCAGUGUAACUGCACUUAUUAUUCUGAACCUAUAAUUAAUGUCUCAUUUUAUUGUACUUUGUCCCAGGCUGAACCUGAAACAGUUUAGGUAGAUAGCUAAGACUCUACCAUGAUUAACAUAUUAAAAUAAACAAACAAAACAAAAUUAA